UUCAUGGAGAUGUCGUGGAGAAUAGUCUGGCCAUUCCUGGCGGUGUCUGCUGUCUUGUCUCUUCAGAUGGCUGGCAACAUACUGGAUAUCCCCAACUUAUCAUUUGUCCUAUCCAUUGCUAGAACUAUAGGCAACUGCAGUUUUACACUCAGACUCACCUUGCAGUUUGACAUGUUGGAACAGGAGACUAGAUGGAACAUGAAUCUAACCUUCAUGGAGAUGUCGUGGAGAAUAGUCUGGCCAUUCCUGGCGGUGUCUGCUGUCUUGUCUCUUCAGAUGGCUGGCAACAUACUGGAUAUCCCCAACUUAUCAUUUGUCCUAUCCACUGCUAGAACUAUAGGCAACUGCAGUUUUACACUCAGACUCACCUUGCAGUUUGACAUGUUGGAACAGGAGACUAGAUGGAACAUGAAUCUAACCUUCAUGGAGAUGUCGUGGAGAAUAGUCUGGCCAUUCCUGGCGGUGUCUGCUGUCUUGUCUCUUCAGAUGGCUGGCAACAUACUGGAUAUCCCCAACUUAUCAUUUGUCCUAUCCAUUGCUAGAACUAUAGGCAACUGCAGUUUUACACUCAGACUCACCUUGCAGUUUGACAUGUUGGAACAGGAGACUAGAUGGAACAUGAAUCUAACCUUCAUGGAGAUGUCGUGGAGAAUAGUCUGGCCAUUCCUGGCGGUGUCUGCUGUCUUGUCUCUUCAGAUGGCUGGCAACAUACUGGAUAUCCCCAACUUAUCAUUUGUCCUAUCCAUUGCUAGAACUAUAGGCAACUGCAGUUUUACACUCAGACUCACCUUGCAGUUUGACAUGUUGGAACAGGAGACUAGAUGGAACAUGAAUCUAACCUUCAUGGAGAUGUCGUGGAGAAUAGUCUGGCCAUUCCUGGCGGUGUCUGCUGUCUUGUCUCUUCAGAUGGCUGGCAACAUACUGGAUAUCCCCAACUUAUCAUUUGUCCUAUCCAUUGCUAGAACUAUAGGCAACUGCAGUUUUACACUCAGACUCACCUUGCAGUUUGACAUGUUGGAACAGGAGACUAGAUGGAACAUGAAUCUAACCUUCAUGGAGAUGUCGUGGAGAAUAGUCUGGCCAUUCCUGGCGGUGUCUGCUGUCUUGUCUCUUCAGAUGGCUGGCAACAUACUGGAUAUCCCCAACUUAUCAUUUGUCCUAUCCACUGCUAGAACUAUAGGCAACUGCAGUUUUACACUCAGACUCACCUUGCAGUUUGACAUGUUGGAACAGGAGACUAGAUGGAACAUGAAUCUAACCUUCAUGGAGAUGUCGUGGAGAAUAGUCUGGCCAUUCCUGGCGGUGUCUGCUGUCUUGUCUCUUCAGAUGGCUGGCAACAUACUGGAUAUCCCCAACUUAUCAUUUGUCCUAUCCACUGCUAGAACUAUAGGCAACUGCAGUUUUACACUCAGACUCACCUUGCAGUUUGACAUGUUGGAACAGGAGACUAGAUGGAACAUGAAUCUAACCUUCAUGGAGAUGUCGUGGAGAAUAGUCUGGCCAUUCCUGGCGGUGUCUGCUGUCUUGUCUCUUCAGAUGGCUGGCAACAUACUGGAUAUCCCCAACUUAUCAUUUGUCCUAUCCAUUGCUAGAACUAUAGGCAACUGCAGUUUUACACUCAGACUCACCUUGCAGUUUGACAUGUUGGAACAGGAGACUAGAUGGAACAUGAAUCUAACCUUCAUGGAGAUGUCGUGGAGAAUAGUCUGGCCAUUCCUGGCGGUGUCUGCUGUCUUGUCUCUUCAGAUGGCUGGCAACAUACUGGAUAUCCCCAACUUAUCAUUUGUCCUAUCCAUUGCUAGAACUAUAGGCAACUGCAGUUUUACACUCAGACUCACCUUGCAGUUUGACAUGUUGGAACAGGAGACUAGAUGGAACAUGAAUCUAACCUUCAUGGAGAUGUCGUGGAGAAUAGUCUGGCCAUUCCUGGCGGUGUCUGCUGUCUUGUCUCUUCAGAUGGCUGGCAACAUACUGGAUAUCCCCAACUUAUCAUUUGUCCUAUCCAUUGCUAGAACUAUAGGCAACUGCAGUUUUACACUCAGACUCACCUUGCAGUUUGACAUGUUGGAACAGGAGACUAGAUGGAACAUGAAUCUAACCUUCAUGGAGAUGUCGUGGAGAAUAGUCUGGCCAUUCCUGGCGGUGUCUGCUGUCUUGUCUCUUCAGAUGGCUGGCAACAUACUGGAUAUCCCCAACUUAUCAUUUGUCCUAUCCACUGCUAGAACUAUAGGCAACUGCAGUUUUACACUCAGACUCACCUUGCAGUUUGACAUGUUGGAACAGGAGACUAGAUGGAACAUGAAUCUAACCUUCAUGGAGAUGUCGUGGAGAAUAGUCUGGCCAUUCCUGGCGGUGUCUGCUGUCUUGUCUCUUCAGAUGGCUGGCAACAUACUGGAUAUCCCCAACUUAUCAUUUGUCCUAUCCAUUGCUAGAACUAUAGGCAACUGCAGUUUUACACUCAGACUCACCUUGCAGUUUGACAUGUUGGAACAGGAGACUAGAUGGAACAUGAAUCUAACCUUCAUGGAGAUGUCGUGGAGAAUAGUCUGGCCAUUCCUGGCGGUGUCUGCUGUCUUGUCUCUUCAGAUGGCUGGCAACAUACUGGAUAUCCCCAACUUAUCAUUUGUCCUAUCCAUUGCUAGAACUAUAGGCAACUGCAGUUUUACACUCAGACUCACCUUGCAGUUUGACAUGUUGGAACAGGAGACUAGAUGGAACAUGAAUCUAACCUUCAUGGAGAUGUCGUGGAGAAUAGUCUGGCCAUUCCUGGCGGUGUCUGCUGUCUUGUCUCUUCAGAUGGCUGGCAACAUACUGGAUAUCCCCAACUUAUCAUUUGUCCUAUCCAUUGCUAGAACUAUAGGCAACUGCAGUUUUACACUCAGACUCACCUUGCAGUUUGACAUGUUGGAACAGGAGACUAGAUGGAACAUGAAUCUAACCUUCAUGGAGAUGUCGUGGAGAAUAGUCUGGCCAUUCCUGGCGGUGUCUGCUGUCUUGUCUCUUCAGAUGGCUGGCAACAUACUGGAUAUCCCCAACUUAUCAUUUGUCCUAUCCAUUGCUAGAACUAUAGGCAACUGCAGUUUUACACUCAGACUCACCUUGCAGUUUGACAUGUUGGAACAGGAGACUAGAUGGAACAUGAAUCUAAGUAACCUUUACCUCUGA